UGGCAAACUCCUAUUUGACUUCCGAUCGCGUUGUAAACAGCGGAGUUGCAGAGAAAAUGUGGCGAAUAAUCGUAUUAAUGUCUGUAUCAGCCUAUGUCAUGUGUUUUGAAAUGGACGAAGACCAAAUUCAAGUUGCAAAUUUUGAUGUUAAACCGGGAGGGGCAUUGCUGUCGUUUGAGAAGGAGUGGGAUGGAGUCACCUGUAAGUUUUCAUACCAGUGCCAAGGAGGGACCAAUGAGGAGUGGACCAUGGGAAUGGUGCGGAGUCAGGACGGCCGGGACUUCAGCUGUUCUGUGGAACGCCCCAGUGGACAGUCGUACCUGUUCUUCCAGGCGUUCAAGAUGGAGAUCACGGGAAUUCCCACCGCAGAGGGGGAGGUCUUUGGUCCAGAAAUGACACCACUAAAGCAAGAAGAAUACAAAUUUGACAAAGCCAGCAAUACAAUCACACAGACAGGAAAAUUCCAUUCCCAGUUGGAUAAAGUCGUUCUGUAUGCAAGGAGGGGAAAGUCUGAAUUAUAACCUGCAAUUAAGGGGGCUAACUCAAUUCUAUGUUCUAGGUUUUUUUUUUAAGAUUCAUUAUUAUAGAAUCCAUUGGUUUUAAAGACUUUAUUAUUUUGUGACAUUGUUAAUUAGAUAAAGCAUCAACAUUUUUGUUUAGAGUUAUUACAAUGUAUU